UUCAGUCGUUGAGUGUAUCCGAUCCCUUAACAUUGCCGCCGCGACGUCGUCAUCCUUAGAAAAAAAUUGUGUGUGGAGUAAACAAUAAGGCAUCUUCAUUUUCAUCAUACCCAAGGGAUAGAUCCUAAAUUCUGCUCCCUCUGCCUCGUGGGUGUUAUUAGUUUUCUUUCUUUCUCUUUACAUUUAGAAAAAGUAUCUUGUUAAAGGUGCAAAUGAGGGUCACUAAAUAGGAGCUUUCACCUCGAUAGUUCAGUGCUUUCAACAAUUUGUUCUCACCCCCCGCUCCCCUUUUCCCAAAAAAAGAAAACUGCUCGUGAAAUGUCUUCUUGGGGACUUUUCUCUGGCCACUACCACAGAUACGAUGGUGUGGUCAGGUGUGUGAAUAGGAAAAUGAACAAUUUAUUGUAUAACAUUUAAAUAAUUUCUGCUGGAUUGCCAAUUGAAGGGCGUCUCUAUCAACCAUGUCAAUUGGAUAUUGCAAGAUUGCAGUGAAAUGACAGGAUUAUCAUGAGGGGUGGAUAAGUGGGUUCAAUUUGAGUGCAGCUCGGUAAAAUUUAUCACUAAAGAAAGCUACUUGUAAAGCCAUUCUGCAUUGAAAAUUGCAGGAAAAUCUAAAGGCUGAAUCAAAUAAUUAGUACAUGUCUGUUCUAAAAUGAACUAUUUGAAAAACUUACAGUUUUAUAGAUAAAAAACCCGAAACACGGUGAAAAAGUUUAAACGGACAUUACCAUAUUCAAAAGAAGUUACAAAUAUUGCAAGAGACAUGACAUCAAUUUUGUUCUAAAAUCCGAGCAUGCUCAAAAAAUAUCAAAAUGAUAGUGAAAAUAAGUGAAAGAAAUGAACGGCUGUUGAAUUAACCCUUUAACGACGAGACAUUUUUUACAGACUGAAAAUCAACAAUAAAAAUUAAACUGGGAAACAUAAUCAAUGAUAAGUCUUACAUUUUACAUUGGAAAGUCCAACAGAGUCUGAUUUGGUGUAUUUUGUGCUUAGGGACAAAAGUAGCCAAAAAAUUUAAGUAAUUCUUCUGACAAUACCAAUGAAUAAUAUUUUUCGCUUUAAUGAAAAAUAUUACGUAUGAGUAUUGUAGUUUUUAUUGCCAAAAGGGUUUUGCUUAAAAAAAAUUGGAAGUAUUAGAAAUAAAUAAAAUCAAUUAUAAUUUGAGAAUUUAAAAAUUCGCCAUUUUUGAGCUUAAAUAUUUACUACAUAGCAAAUAGCUAGAGACUUGCAAAAAAUAUUCUAGAUUCCUUCAACCUUCUACUUUACAAUUAUGUACAGACAUAACAAAAAAAUACCUUUGGGUAGUCAGGAAAAAUAAUUUUCUUUAUGGGACACCGGUGUUCCAAUCGUCCUUAAAGGGUUAAAAAGCUAUUGAUAGGCUGUAGUGGGUUACUUUUGAAUCAAGACACCUUUGAGUUUUUUUCCUAUUUUUUUUUUAAAUAGAACACAAUUGAUUUGUUCAGUUAAAUCAUAUCAUUGUAAGGUUAAGUUCUAUUUAAAAAUAGGAGAAAAAACCAUAUUUCAAAAGUGCCCAUUUUUAUGUUUUUUUAAGUUAACCCCUUGUGAUUUAAAAAAAAACAUCUUUAGUACAUGGAUGUACUAAACCAGUUUGUGUUAGAAAUAAUAAUUUUUUAACCUCUAUGUUUUUUUUUAUAUUAAGCCUUGUGAUUUAAAAAAAAAAACAUCUUUAGUACAAUGUGUGAGUCAAUAAAUCAAUUGAAAAAAAAAAAUGAAUUGAAGUACUAAACCGGCUUGUGGUAGAAAUUUCAAUUCUUCUUUAAAAUAAUUUAAAAAAAAGCGAGAAUAAAACGUGUAAAACAAAUGAAUAAUCUUUCACAAUGUGGAACACUUGUAUUUAGUUUCGUUGAGUAAUAUGACAAGGCUUAACAUCUGUACUAAAUUUCUUACAUUCAGAAGUUCGAAAACAAUGUGAAAUGUGAGUUAUAUAACACAAAGAAGAGAUGAAAUCUUAUGGUAAUACGUACUAAAUUAAAGUUGACAUAUUUUAUAAAAUCUGUGAAUUUAGUAGAUAUGAUGAUGUGUUCUUAAAUUCACAAAUUUGGUUUUACACUUAUUUGGAGGAUUUACGCGCUAUAAUCGAAAGAGUACACCAUGUUUCCUGCGUCUAUUUAUCAUUAUUCAAAACUAUAUUUAGUACAUGUAUGUGCUAAAACUAAAUGUGUCAUGUCAAUGAAUUAAGUGGUAGAGUUCUCAUUCUAUAAUGUUAUUUUCCCGGGUUCGAGACUGACAAUUUUAUUCCUUUGUUAGAAAAAUGAUACUAAUGCAUUAACAGAAAUCUCACGGAAGGGGGUUAGUUCCUACAGAAUAUUGUUCUGUAUCAUUAUUAGGGUUUGAGAAACACCGUUUCGACAGGGAACCCCAUUGACACUUGUCAAAAUAUUCAAUUUUAUUUAAUGUAUCUCUUAAAAAUAUAAGUAAUCUAACAUUUUUCGAUAAGGAUAAGUGUUCAAAUUUCGUAUUCCAAAUAAAACAGAGUAGGGUGUCAAUAGGUCCUGUUACAAAUUCUCAAAGUGUCAAUAGGUGUUCCUUCCACCCUAUUAUUGACUAUAAAUGUAUUAAUCAAAAUAAAAAUUAGAUUAUUCCUAUCAGUUUCCUACUAAGCCAUCUCUCGUAAGUCUAUCUAUAACAUAAUCAAAAAAGUAUCCUAUUUUUCUUGCUACUAAUCAUUUUUUUUUCAAAUUAAAUUUAGUAUACAUGUACGAAAUUAUCUGAUACCUUAAAAUGUAUGUGCUUUUGCCAUAUGCAAAUAUGGGAAAUCUCAUGAAAUCAAAAUCACUAUCCUUUUCUUUCUCGGACAUUGCAUUUAUUUCUAUCUUAUUCUUUAGUACUAAAAUCUAAACUAAAUUUGCGUGAUGAUCUAUAUACGAUCCAUCAACUGAUUAGCAAGACAGAGAAUAGUAUGUCGUCAAUAUUAAACGCCAGAAAAAUUCCUGGUGACCUAAAGGGGUUCAUUCAUAUCCAAGACACUUGUAUCUUAGAGCGAUUACUCCACUACUUCACCCAUUGAAUUCCAAGAUUUAGUACAUGCAUGUGCUAAAUCUCGAAAUUCUUUUAAUGUCUUCAAUAUUAAACGUCAGGAAAAUUCCUGGUGACCUAAAGGGUAUUCAAACCCGAGACAUUUGUAUCUUAGAGCAAUUACUCUACUAUUUCACCCAUUGAAGUCCCAUAUUUAGUACAUGCAUGUGCUAAAUCUUGAAAUUCUUUUAAUAUCUUCAAUAAUAAACGCCAGAGAAAUUCCUGGUGACCUAAAGUGAUUCAUUUAUCUCCAAGAUACUUGUAUCUUAGGCCGAUUACUCUACUACUUCACCCAUUGAAUUCCCAGAUUUAGUACAUGUAUGUGCUAAAUCUUGAAAUUCUUCUAAAAUUUUCAAUUUAAUUUGGCAAUUAAUUAAUUAGAGAGAUUACUAUACUACUUCCCCCAUUCCCAGAUUUAGUACAUGCAUGUGCUAAAUCUCGAAAUUCUUUUAACGUUUUCAAUUUAAUUUUGCAAUUCAUUAAUUAGAGCGAUUACUAUACUACUUCACCCAUUCCCAGAUUUAGUACAUGCAUGUGCUAAAUCUCGAAAUUCUUCUAGAAUUUUCAAUUUAAUUUGGGAAUUCAUUUAAGGUGUACUAAAAAUUUUAGUACAAGUAUAGUGCGAUGCUCGUUUCUCAACCCUUGAUACUUUUCUGUCGUUUUAAUGGCUUUAAAGUGCGUGUACUAAAUCUUUUAAAUUUGGUGCAAUUGCAGGGUUCAAAGAAAUGUUUGCGGAAGGGGGGGGGGGGGGGCUAUUGCAAAUUGGUAGUGUUAGAGUUGGUCAGAAAUCUUUGGGGGCUCUUAGUGUCGCCAUUGAUAGCCAUAAUUGUCUGGUCUUUUCCACCCAGAGAGAGAUGAUGUUGCGUGUAUUUUCCACCAGCAUAUUGGCUCCUUUUCCUGCUGAAAACCCACCCAGAGAGUGUUUAAUGGCAUCGAGAGCAAAAACGACGUCCGUCGACGUUUUGUAUCGGAAUACCAGUUAGCUGAUAUUUAUUUAUAAUACCCAAGAGUGAAUUUUCAACAUCGUCGUCAGCAUUAGCAUCACCAUUUCACACACAUGUGUCGUGUGUUAUUUUUUUUUUGCUUUAAUUUAAUGUUCCUUCUCUUGUAUUUCUACAAUUCAACUAGCCAGUAUUAAGCUCCUCUUGUCUCUUUCUGCCCACCCCAAAAUUCCCAUGAUAGAGGCCUUUUUUUCCUUCUAUCUUUGCGUGUUUUUUUCCUUCAAAGAAAAUUUGCUAUUUCCCUCGGAUUUUUCCUUUUGAGAGAAAAAAGAAGAAAAAACAGAAAUAAAGAAGAGAAUGACUCUCUUUUGCUCUCAUCAAUCGAGGGAUGUUUUGGGAAUAAUGUUGGUUGAAUGGUUUAAAAGUGUCUUCUCUAUAUAUUUUCCUCUUUAUAAGCUUUUUGGUUAAAAUAUAUAAAUAAGAGAAAAAGUGUACAAUGUAUUGUAAGUUGUACUGAAAAUGUCUCUCUCAUGAGUCGCCUUUUCCUCAACCAUUCGGCUGAUUUUUCGCCUUUUUCUUUUUCAUUUAAUAAGUUUCCUCUCAGUGAACCAUUUGCCAGUGCUUUCAAUGCAAACGAACGAGAAUUACUUGAUAGCCUUUCCUAUUUUUUUUUUUAAAUAAAUUUUAAAUACAAUUUUUUCGCCCUGUGAAUUAGUUUUUUUUGGUGUGCUCUCUGUGAUGACGUGUUUAUUUUUCUUGUGAUACUAAAAUAAUGGAAAAGUGAUCUGUGUCUCUGUACAAGAGGGAAUAAACUAGUUUUUUUCUUUAUUAAUUUAUUUUUAAAAUUCAAUAAAAAAAUCAAGUAAUUCUCAUAGAUCUUCGCACACGAUCCGAAAAUUAUCGAUAUUAUCUUUCGACAAAUCAAAAAAGUCUCUUUUAAAUAACGACAGAAAAGUUACAAGAAAAAAAAACGAGAGAUAUAUAUUUGAUGCGUAUGUAUAAAUAGGAAGAAGUUAAAAAGAAAAAGUGUACCAUCGAAUUGGAUUACACUGCUGGGGAUUUUAUCUUGGCCGAGAGAAGUUGAAAAUGAACCUCAAUCGAAUUGGUUUUUCUUUGGUAAAGGUGUAUUAGUGCAGUGCUUUUUAGAGCCAAAAAAAAAGCUAUGAGCAUAGGCUGUUGAAAAUGAGAAAAUUGGGAUGAUGAGCCAUAACCAUUGUCCUGUGAAAAUAUUCAAACACAACUCUCUGGCUGUUUUUAGAGUUGAUGGAAGAGUCCAAAAACGCAUCCCUCCCUUCCAUAUGCUCCCCAUGUGGAUUGGGGACAAGAGCGAAGGGCAAAGCUCUCCAAAAAAGAUCGAUUUUCCAUUGAGAAUACCAGACCACCAGAAGACAGCGUUGGUGGAUGAAUGAGGAGGAAAAAGAAAUAUAUGUUAUGUAUAUAAGUGAUAGAAGAAACGAAAGCCACGAACUCGAAAUGAAAGCUCCAAUAAGUUGCAACCCCUCGGUCUAAUGUACUCUUCCCCAUACAAAAACUUUUUUUUCUCGUGUUUGUGCUCCAAAAGAGAAGGUGUAAUGAAUUUGAGUGACAAGGAAAAUCAUCUUGUGACAAUGAUCAAGUGGUUGAAUGACUCCAUCAGCAACAGCAUCAACAUUGACCUCGGCAAUUUCUCGAGAGGAGAAGAAGCUGAAGAAGAAAAUUGUGCAAAAAGGAUCAAUCGUGUUAGAGUGUCAUCUACUGAGUGAUUUCUUAUUUGCUUGAGCCAUGGAAGUCAAUUGCUCAUUAAGUCCCUGAUUAUGUGUAAUCUCUGCACAAUAUCCACCAACAACAUCGAGAGUGAAAUAUCCCUCUCAGACACGGAGCCAUCAAACACCACAAUGAUACCGUCUUUGUGAUGUUUCUCGGCAUCGGCUAAUUAGAUGGACAAUUUAGUUACAGUGCUAAAGAGAAGAUAGAGCAAGAAAUCCAAAAAAAAAUGUGGCACGUGUUUGUGUGAUCAAAAAAAAAAGAUAGUUUGAUAACCAUCUCUCCCCCUCUUGUAUCAAUCAAUUUUCAAUUGAUUUCUUUUCGAUAGUCUCUUUGGUUUUUUGUCCGUGCAUGUGCCUCAAUGUGAAGGGCACCUCGAAAAUUAAUGUGUAAAUUCCAUUGGGGACACAUAAGAGGGUCCAAAGGAUACAACAACAAAAAAAUAUAGAGAAAAAGCAAAAAAAAAAAGAAAUUGUGGAAGUGAAAAGUGGUAAUGCAAUCACAUGAAAUAGCAUCAACAUCGAUGUCUCAUCAUCAACAGCAGCAGCAGCAGAUGAAUAAUAAUAGCCAGGGUCAACAGAAUGGUGGUGUAACGACAGGUACAGCUGCCCCAAAUUCGCCGGGCUCAGCUGGGCGACAACAGAUCAGUGGGGGCCGCUUUGACUUCGAAGAUGGUGGCACUUACUGUGGUGGUUGGGAAGAGGGAAAGGCACACGGACAUGGCGUCUGCACGGGACCAAAGCAUCAGGGCGCCUAUUCCGGUGCAUGGAAUUAUGGAUUUGAAGUGUCCGGCGUCUAUAUCUGGCCAAGUGGAUCAUCAUUUGAGGGUCAAUGGCAGAAUGGGCGCCGGCAUGGUCUUGGCGUGGAGACAAGAGGUCGCUGGAUCUAUAGGGGAGAGUGGACGGGAGGCGCAAAGGGGCGCUAUGGUGUUCGUCAGAGUGUGACGUCCACUGCUAGAUAUGAGGGCACAUGGGCUGGAGGAUUCCAAGAUGGUUAUGGUUCAGAGACGUACGCGGAUGGUGGAACAUAUCAAGGGCAAUGGUUAUCGGGAAAAAGACAUGGCUAUGGUGUCCGACAAUCGGCUCCUUUUGGGCUGGCGUCGCAUCAUCGACCACAAACAAUUCAAACUUCGAUGACAUCGUUACGUAGCAACGAGGGUGAAAAGAGCACAGAUCCGGCUGAUAAGAGAAAUCAUCGCAUUGAUGAUGUUCGCGGGGGUUUUGUCCUCAAGGCAAGAUCCGACGAAGCACCAGCCAGAAGAAAUAGUUUAGUGGAAAAGACCAAAAAAGGACUUUUGUCGGGUUUAAAAAUUAGAAAACAAAGAAGUACAGGUGAUUUAGAAAAAAGGGGAACAGGUGCCUCAGGAAGCAUAAGAUCGACAGUAUCUACAGCGUCAUGGAUCAGUACUGGCUCAUCUCAAUCCGGAAUGACCACAAAGUCAAUGCAUACGGAUUCCAACGCCAGUUUUACUGUGGAUGAGGAGCAACUUGAUCCAAGUGUAACGGAAAUGUACAUGGGCGAGUGGAAACACGAUAAGCGUGAUGGAUAUGGAAUAUCUGAACGAAGUGACGGGUUAAGAUAUGAAGGUGAAUGGCACAACAACAAAAAACAUGGAUAUGGCGUGACAACAUUUCGUGAUGGUACAAAAGAAGAGGGUAAAUACAAGUGCAACGUGUUGAUCACGAGUCAGAAGAAAAAACAUGUGUUCCUGAUACGAUCUGCCAAGUUUCGGGAGCGGAUCGAAGCGGCUGUGAGUUCGGCUCAGCGUGCAUCAAAGUAUGCUCUGCAGAAGGCAGAUAUUGCCAUUUCCCGGACAGCUACGGCACGCAGCAAAGCUGAAUUGGCUGAUAUGAUUUCGGAUCAGGCCAGAAUGGAUUCUGAUCUUGCUGUGGCGACAGCUAGGGAAUUUGCACCGGAUUUUAAACCAUCGGUCCUAGAGCGUUUUGAACGGUUGCGGAGUCGAGAGAGACCAAGACCGCCGACAGAACCACCGGGGAAGUUGGAAAUGAUGUCAAGUCCGAAGUCUAUAUCCCCUGAAGCUACCAAAUCACCGAGUUCCAGUGCAAUGGCACCGACACGGGCACCGAGUGUUGCCCAGAGCCAAGUUCAGAGUCAGGCGGCAUUUCGUCGGCAAUCCUUUCAGCAGCACCAGCAGCAGAGUUUUGACUAUUCACAGAUGAACAAUGUGUCAAAUCAAUAUUCCCAACCACACAGCCUCAAUAACCCUCUACCAUCUGCCCAGACGGACUACAUGAGCAGUGGGCCAUCGAUGUACCAACAACAGCAGCCACAGCCCAAUAAUAGCUACAUGAACCAAUUUUCCAAUCACCAAGUAACGAAUUCGCAGAUGAACUAUGCGCCAACGCAGCAGAUUCCUUACAAUUCCACGGCGAUGCAGCAACAGCAACAGCAGCAGAUGUACAAUAUGGGCAGCAAUGUGAGCAGUGGGAGUGGUCAGAACUAUGGAAAAAUGAAUUCAAUACCCUACGGACAGCCAUCACAGGGCCAGGCCCAGGGAAAUCUGUACGGGAUGCCACAGAAUCAACCAAAUUACUACAAUGUUCAGGACCAAAUGCAGCAGCAAGAGUAUCAGACGGCUGUGCAGGGCAGUGGAGGACCUAUGCGACGGAGUUCUCAGAUGGUGACGGAGGGUCAACGACCAAUGUUGGGAUCACAUGCUCAGCCAUCAUCAAUUGACCACUUUGAUCACUACAAACGACCACCGAGUCGAGAUUCAUCGGUGGAUAGGUAUACAAGGGCGGCCAGUCGACUGGGUGGGGGCUUUGGUUCCCGGCAGCCCUCCAUUGAUCGAACCCUACCACCAGCACCAACGACUGACACCCCAGAUCGCAGUGUUCGAGCCGGGUCAGCAUUCCGUCAAUUGGGCCCAGCCCCAGCAGCUCCUACAUCAGCUGGCAAUGGAACAGUAAUAACAGGCUCUGGGACCUCAAGAAGUGGGACUCCGGUGUACCAAGGACCCAUGGCACAGCCGGUCUACUCAACGCCAAAUCAACCAUUUGAAGAUGUUCUGCUGCGACAGCGAACCCUCGGACAGGAUAUUGUUCCGUCGCCGGCUCAACCAAAGCGCACUGAAAGUCUCUUUAUUGGGGCUAAGGCAGCGCCUCCUGCGGCGGCUAGCGGUGGCGGUGGCAAAGGAUUAAAGAGUGUUCCCAUUUCCAUACCACUUCAGCGGAAGAAAUCGUUGCCGGAUGUGCAAGAAUUGCCAAAGAAAACGGAAAUGAUUAGUCGUGAGGAGGUGUCAGCAUUAGGUUCCGCUCGCCGAGAAGAGGUUCGGCGGCAAAUUGAAAACUCUGAACGAUUAAGGGCCAAUCCAUUGUUAUAUUUAGUCAGUCCACAAGUGAAGGACUGGUUCUCGCGCCAACAACUAGUGAUGCUGGUGUUGGUUGUAAACAUAGCUCUAGCAAUUAUGUUCUUUAAGAUGCUCACAUAGCGUCGACUGAAUCCCCGUUUGGUCAGUGCACAAUUUUCUCUCGCCAUGGCCACGGGAUGAGCAGAGCCUGAACUGUGGACCCAGUGGAUUAUAUUGUCAUUCUCCAAGCAUUGGCUCCAAGUUUUUGUGCGACAAGGAUGUUAAUUAUCCGCGUCAUUUUGGAUGAACCAGACAAUUUUUCCUUAUUGAUAGUAAAUUGAUAAGAAAAUUGAAGAAGAAAAAAAGAAAAAUAAGGAAAUUUCAUGGGCUUUGGAUACACUUUUGCUUCUGGAAUUUCACGAGACAAUUUUUCCGAGAUAAAUUGAAAUGAUAAUUCUCCACAGAAUAACAUUCAUCCUGAGUGAGAAUGUUCUAAACUGUGUAACAAUAUGGGGAAGAAACGAAAUAAAACUUUUUUUUAAAUAUCAAAAGAAGAAAUGAAGGAUUUGUUUGCGAGAAAAUUGUGUGCUAAUGCCAUUUGGAAAAUGGGGAAAAAAGGUGAAAUCAUUCUCUUUGUCAAUUUUUUUUUUACUAAAAGUAAAUAUUGUCAGAGGAUUGAUAUUCAAUGAUAAGAAAUAAAGGCAGAAAAAAAAUUAUCGAAACCUUUUCUCCUCUUUGAUGUAAAUUUCAGAAGAAAAAAUCCCAAGUGAAGGAAUAAAACAAUGCAAAUUUAUGAUAUAAAAACCACUUUCGAUCUUGCCAUUUUAUGUGAUAUUUUUCACAGAAUUUGGGGCAAGAAUCAAUUUUUUUUUGGUACAUUGCGGAAGGCAGACAAAUAUAGAAUGUUCUUUUUUCUAAAAAAAAAUAAAUAAAUAAAUAAAUAAAAAUAAUAAAUGAUAAACAAAAUUGUAAAGAAAAAAACAUUUUCACUAUUUAAACAAAUUUAAUAUAUUGCUAUUUAAAAAAAAAAACAAAUUGAUAUUUAUAAUCUCGCUAUCUUUCGCGUGAUUUUCUCAGAAUAAAUCAUUAUCGAGGUGUAACUAAAUAUUUAAUCAAAAUAAAUAAUUUAGUGACAUCGCGCUGUCUGAUUGGCUGGACAUUUGAAUGGUUUCAAGCUUCAGCCAAUCAGAGAACGCGUUGGGACUAAAAUAUUCUAUACGAUCAAAUAGUUAGUUACAUGUGGAUAAUGCUUCAUCAUCAAAUUUUUAACAAAGAAUUGCGCAAAGAUUUUUCAAGCUGGAUUGAAACAAAUGUGACCAAGAAGCUGCUUUCCAAAAAACCAAAAACUUGCUAAAAUCUCAAGAAAGACUUAAUAAAAAUUUGGGCAGUAGCUUCUGGUCACAGGGGCUUCAAGGAGCAUUAAAAAAAAAGAAGAUUAUUAGGAAACGUUAAGGAAUAUUGGAAAUGAAGCUUUUGACGGGUGAUUUUGUUAAAGGAAUCAACUCAAUAUUUUUUUGUGAUUCCGCAUUUGGACAAAUCACCUCUACUGAAUGAUAUUACCACAAGAGAAACCUUUUAAAGUAAACUGAAUGAAAUACUUGGACUCAAGGUCAAAAACUGUAAAAAUAAAUUAUUAAAAAAACAAAUGAAACAAGUUUUAUAUAGAACAUUAAAUGUGUAAUCUUAAAAGAAUAUGAGAUGCUUAGCUACUAUAGAGCGAUUUUGGGAAGAAAAGAAAAAAAAAAUUUGAAUAAAAUAGAAGAAAAAAGUCUCAUAAACAGAAAAAUACAUUUUUACACUAAUUGUAAACUCUUUUAAGGGGGGAGAAAUAAAACAAGAAUUAAAUAAUAAAAAAAAACAAAAUAGAUAUUGUGAAAGCUAAAAGAAAUUAUCUACAAUUCUUGUUUCCUUUUUAUUACCAUUUAAAGAAAAAAUAAAUAAACUAUCUUA